CAUAUUUCCGGCAAAUUCUGAAAGAUAGCAGAGCAAUACUGGUGUAUUCUGGAGGAGUGGCGAUUGGUCUGUGGCUUCUCUCAGCCGAGGUUAUGUAUUACACUGAGAGAUACAGCAUCGAUCCACAGGUUAGUAAUCACUAUUCGACUCUCGAUGGUAGCUUGUGGCUCACUCUCUUGAACAUGUCGGGUGAGUCACCACUUGGGGACUACUCCUUUUGGGGGUCUAUCGUAACUGCCGCAUUGGGGGUCUUUGCUGUGGGAGUAAUUGCAGUGCCACUGGGCGUGUUUGGCGCGGGAAUGCAGGACAGGUUGGAGUCCCUUUUGGAAGAAGACAGUGCAGUUUUAGCGACGGCUUCAAAGGAGGCGAUGCUUGCAACUUCAGAGGCCCUCCGUCAUACCACCACAUUACAGCGUCGUGCCUUUAUCCUUGUGAACCCUAGAGAGGCGGAUAAUCGAAGUAAGCUCGAUUGGUAUAGAGGAGCCACUAUGCAGUAUUGGUCACGACGCUACCAAUAUUGGCUGGGGUUCUGGCUGGCAGUUAGCACUACAGUUGCCGUCCUAGAGACCCUUCCAGCUUACCAUACUACAUGGCCGGCUUGGACAAGGGCACUCCUCUCUAUUGGGGAGACACUAGCUGUCCUGGUCUUCACGUUAGACUAUGUUCUAAGGCUGUACGGUGCCCCUAUGAGUGUUGGACGAUGGGCUCCACAAGGUUACGUCUCUGACACUGCGAUGAGGUGGGCUUAUGCUACGACCUUUCUCGCGGUUGCCGACUUUCUCUCUGUUCUACCCUGGUGGAUAACGGUCUCAACUAAUUCACAACUCACCGAUCGUUAUGAUGGCGAGUUCCGACUGCUUAGAUUAUGUCGAAUAUUCAACUUGGACUUCCUCACGGUGACUUGUUCCCUCCUAUUGUCCGUAGUGAGAGCCCAGCGAAGGUGCCUCGGUCGUGCUUUGUAUGUCGUACUAGUCUUAUGGCUUUCUCUUGGGGGUCUAUUGUGGUUUACUGAGCAUAAUGAUGAUCAGCUCGCUGGCAGUCCACAACUACCACAGUCUUCGCGCUACGGUUCGUUGGUGUCCUCCUCGAUCCCCUUCGCUAUGGUGCAUCUGACUGGUGAUUUUCCUCUCAUCGACUACACUACCACCGGCAAAGUAGUGCUGGGCCUCACUGUUGUAUUGGCCGUUGGUGUUGCUGCAGUACCGGCUGGUCUCUUGGCAGCAGCAUUCACGAAGGCUCUUAGAAGGCAGAGGGAGAGGGAGCGAGCCAGGAGGAGGGAGGCUGCAGGGAUCAUUGGAAAGCAUGUACGGAGGUACAUGGUGAGGAAGAGGCUUGAAGGCAUCAUAAUGGAGGCACGUCUGAGGCAGAUGAGGGAGUUAGCGGAGCGACGCAAAAGAACGCUCGUUCAUCGUGUCCACCAUUAUAUACAUCAUGAUAGAUUCUACCGAGGCUUUAUGCUCACCUUGGUUCUACUCAAUGUCCUAGCGAUAAUACUCGAGAGUGAUGCUGCAGUAUUGAUUAUCAUUGGCAAACGUGGCUUUGACUACUUCGAAUUCGCAUCAGUAUGCGUCUUCACUAUUGACUACCUAGCCAGGGUAUACAGCUCUACGGCCAACCCUCUUGUUGGGUGUAGCCGUGGAAGAUACAUGAGAUCCUUCCUAGGUCUAGUGGACCUGAUAUCGAUACUACCAUUCUGGGUAGAGUGCCUUACAUACCUAAUAGAGCCAUCCUAUGCUGGCUCACCCGAUGCGAGCAUCUUCCGUAUCUUUAGAAUCUUCCGAAUCCUCCUACUGGAGCAUUUCCUGGUAGCAUGGCGGCAGCUGUCAGUGGUAUGGUCCGAAUGUAGGGACACCGUCCUCUCGACCGGCGUCAUCGCAGCUGUGGUCUGGUUAUUCGCCUCCUGCCUCUUCUAUGAGUUUGAGAAUUCCUCCUCUAUCAGUGGAAUAUCUCCUUUCGAUUCAAUACCCUCUAGCAUGUAUUACACAGCUGUAUUCCUAGGCGGUGAAUGGAGUAUGGUAGACUUCUCCCCAUCAGGCAAGUGCCUCUGUGUAGUAGUAUCUCUACUAGGAGUGGCUCUCUUCGCCAUGCCUGCUGGUCUACUCUUCGAAGCAUUCGGAGAUGUCCUAACCAAGUGUGAGCUUUUGGAUGAUUAUGGUCGAUCGUCGUCGAAGGUCGCGGGUGGUGAGAGCGACCACGUGGUGUAACGCCGCACAUGUUAUUUUUAAUUGAGUUAUUCUGGCCUAGAACAAGCCGUUAUGAAGGGUUAUGCUCUCCAUGUGAAUGAUGCAUUAAUAAGAAGUAACAUAGUGUCGUUUGAGGCUGUGCAUAAAUCGAUUUCAAUGCUG